UCGCGUCGGAGAUUCUCAUACAUGAGAUGCAACCUUAACGUUCGCGAGAAGGAUUUGAAAAUAGUAAUAGGUUCGAACGUAUUUCUACUUAUGUACAAUGUGACAUGUAUGUUGUGAUUGUUAAUCGUCGCGGUUGUAAAUUUAAUUUCCUGUAUAAAGCUGCAGAUCAUGGGGCCGAUGAUUUGUUAGUAACACCUAAAUUGGAAAAGUCAAGUCGUUGGUACGUUGCACAUCCGUUCGGCAUUUCAAAGGGAAAAAGUAAAGUUAACCAUGUUGAACACGUUGAGAACGUGUUUCAGAAACUCUGUACGGAAAUACAGUAAAAACGUACGAUUGAACAAAUCGGAAAACAACAAGUCGGAUAUACUUCCAGUGUUUAAGUAUGCAGUAAGACAUCCAAAAGAUCACAGAGUGUACGUUUGGGGUAUGGCGGAACACGGGGCUCUUGGAACAUUGAAAAACACCUUAUCGAAGGAUGGUGUUUCUUACAUAUCAACACCAAAGCGGAUAGCCUUCGGAGAACUGCACAAUGUGACGAAUAUGACUUGUGGCUACGGUUUUACUGCUUUCGCUGUACGUUCCAAUGAUACAAAUAUUUUGUAUGGAAGUGGAAUAAACACGGAUUCUCAACUGGGUUUUCAUGAAAGCAAGAAAAAUAUUCAGGAUGAUUUAAUAGUCAAUCCAAGGCCUAUUACUUUACCAAUUAAAGAAUCCUCAACUAACGUUAUUGAUAUUGCUGCUGGUAGAGCACACUUAUUGGUUCUGACGAAUGAAGGACUGUUUACAUUGGGAAAUAAUGCAUAUGGACAGUGUGGCAGACCUAUAAUAUUGAACGAAGACUAUAAACAUAGUAGAGUAGUUCAUCAUAUAACGAAUGUUAAAGGCAAUAAGAUAAAAGCAGUUACAGCUGGUCAAGAUCACAGCAUGCUCUUGACAGAAUCUGGUGAAGUAUAUACUUUUGGCUGGGGUGCAGAUGGACAAACCGGUUUAGCGCAUUAUCAAAAUGAAUACAGACCAACCUUAGUGAAAGGGGAUUUGGCUGGACAGCAUAUCAUAAAAGUUGCCUGUGUAGCAGAUUGCGUAUUAGCACUCAGCGAUAAAGGAAAAGUAUUUGGUUGGGGUAAUUCAGAAUAUGGACAAUUGCUCAUUACCGGUGAUAAUCAACAAGUAAAUAUUGCCACAGAGUUGAAAGGACUAGAACAAUUGGGUCAUAUCGUUGACAUUGCAAGCGGUGGAUGCUUCUGUAUGGUUUUAAAUAAUGUGGGAGAUGUUUAUGUAUGGGGAUUUGGUAUUCUCGGUCUUGGUCCCGAGGCUAAAACCGUUUCGAAACCAACGCAAAUUCCAUCCAUUCUAUUUGGUAGAAAUGCGUAUGACGAAAAUGUGAAAGUAGUCAAAAUAUUUUGCGGUAUGAGUCAACUUGCAGCCUUAACUAAUACAGGUGAUUUGUAUAUGUGGGGUUGUAAUAAAUUUGGAUCUCUAGGAUUAGGGCACACCAAGGAUCAGUAUUUCCCAUUAAAGGUAACUGUUGGAGCUCAAGUAAAACAAGUUGCAUGUGGAAUAGAUCAUACGAUUACUCUUUGUAAACCUUUUAUUUAAAGCGUUAAUAUUACAGUUUGUUAUUCACGCAAGGCAAUAUACCGUUUAUAAAAAAAAAUCAUGUACAAAAUUCAUCUCUUCCUUCAAUGCAUCAAAGAAGAAUCACGUAUACAGUGCAUUCUCGCAUUGCAAUCUCAAUUGACGAAUAUUAAAUGUUUCUAAAUUUAUAUUUGUAAUUGGUUGAACACAUUAUUACAUAUGUAUGAACACAUUUAAUAUAAGAUAUUCCUUAAAUAUUAUUUCAAUGUUUACUCAUCGAAAAGAAAUGCUAGACGAUUAAUUUGUUCACAAGUCUAAAUAAUAAAAAGAUUUUUUGUUAUA